AUGUCAAUAUGUCAAGUAACCUUGGUGUCUUUUUUACUUCAUCAAAAAGAAUGUUACCUAGAUGAAGAUUGUCCUUUAAUUAGUGAAGGACAGUUAUGCAUUCAUGGAGUUUGUGCAUUUGAAUGCUUGGGAAAUAGUGAUUGUCCUCAAGAAGGAAAAUGUGAUUCAAAUUUAUAUAGUAAUAGUGUUAGUAUUGGUAGUACGAACGAUGCUAAUCCUUUAACGAUACCAAUAAUUUUGGGAGUUAUUAUAAUACUUUUUACAAUUGGAAUAUUAUUUUUAUUAAUUUAUCUUUUAAAAAAACGUAAAGUAAAAAACAAAUCCAAAUUACCCAAAAUUAAACGCUCAAAGCUAUCUACUUCGAGUGUUGCUCCAGAAAUGCGUAGUACAUCGAAAAACAAUAACAACGGUGCAGUUGGGUAUUCUGCCUCAGAGAAUUUAGGAGAUAAAUCAUUUUCUCAUAUACAGUCGCAAACUGUCUAUGGAAAUUCUGCGUCCGCCACCUCAAUGAUCGAACUGCAAACUGCUUCACAUCUUCCUGUGCUUCAAGAACAUCAUUUUAUGUCACAAGAUGGAUAUAUUUCACCUCAACCUUAG